AUGACCUCCACGGCGACGGUCGCGAACGCGAACGCGGUCCGCGGCUCGCUGCGCGACGACGACGACGGCGGCGACGACGACUACCGCCCUCCUCCCGGCGGCGGCGGCGGCGCGAAAAAACGCAGCGGGACCGCCGCGACCGCCGCCGUCGCCCCGACGCGCUCGAGGUCUUCCCUCGCGGAAGCGUUCAUCGCGCUCAACGCGAAGGCGAGGGCGAAGGCGCGAGAGGAAGCGAUCAUCGCGCUCGAGGCGGAGGCGAGGACGGUCGCGAAGGAGCGCAACGAGGACGGCAAACGCACCCGCGCCGCCGCGGUGGAAGAAGACUCCAAAUCCGACGCGACCAUCAUGGCGGCGAUGAAGAAAGUCCGCGGGUUCAACAAGCACGCCGCGGCGUCGACGCCGCGCCCGCGGGACACGCCGCGGCCGCGGUGCCCCGCGGAGGCGAAAGCCCAUAAGGCGGCGCAGAUCGCCGCGAAGGCGGCGGCCGCGCGCCCGGACGACCGAGACCCGGAAAACCACAGCCGAAACCGAGACGUCGACCGAGACCACAACCUCUGGGGCCUCGCGCCCGACGGCGUCGCGAUCGACGCGCCGCCGCGCGACGCGCACGCCUUGCAGCACGCGUACGCGCCGGAGGAGGAUUUCAGCGACUGCGCGCUCCCGAAGCUCGAGCUCGGCGGCGACGACGACGCGGCGCUCGCCGCCGCCGCGGACGCGGACGCCGACGCGGAGAAGGAGGAAGAAGAUCCGUGGCCGCCGUCGUCGCCGUCCGGCGGUAGCACGCGCGGCGGCACCGCCACCGCCGCCGUCAGCGCGUUCCGCCCGCGCCUGUCGAUCACGCGCGACAUUCCCAUCGCGCCGACGCGCCACCACGGGCACGGGACGAUGGCGAAGGCGACGCACGACGUCAUCGAGAUCGUCUCCGAGUCGAGCGUCGUGUCGGUGACGCGUUGCGUCAACCUCGCGCGCGAGGGCGUCGUCGGCGCGGGCGUCGAGGUGAGCUCGUACGCGUCGCCGAGCUCGCUGCACGCGGACGUCGCGGCGCGGCUCCACGCGGAGCUCAAGGCGUCGGACGCGAACGCCGCCAACGCCAACGCGAACGCCGCCGACGCGAACGCCGCCGACGUCGGCGCCGCGAGCGCGCUCGGGCGACUCGUCGCGCGCGCGGUGCGAUGCCGGUGCCCGGACGUGUACCGCGUCGUCGUGUCCGUCCGCGCGGCGCCGAAGACGACGCGCGGCGACGACACCGACACCGACACCGACGACGGCGACGACGACGACGCGGGCUCGGACGCGGGCGCGGGCGCUGCUGGCGUGAACGUGAAGGUUCGCCUCCCCGUCGCCGCGCCGUCCGCGUCGCGGGCGCGCGCGGCACGGCACGUCGAGGAACGGUACGCCGUCGCCGUCGCGGCGGAAAAUUGGAAAGUCGCCGUGGACGGCGUCGCGCACGCGGUGGAGUUUUUGAAAGCGUGCGAGACCGGCGAAGGGCUCGCCGCGCUGGAGUACGAGUCCGAGUGCGAAAAUCAAAGCCGCGGCGUAUGCGGCGGCGCGAGCGCGAGCGCGCGGAGCGCGAGCGCGAGCGAGGAGGAGGAUGAUUUUUUCGACCGAGCCGCCGCCGCGUCGUGGGCGGCGACUGCGAUCACCGCGCAGGAGCUCGAGACGUUCCUUGACCACGGCGCGCUUUCGGGUUGA